CUCAGCCAGUCAGUCAGUACCAGCCGUACACUGCAACGUAAUACAUUGACCACAAAGAUACUCCCACGGCAAGAGAAGAAAAAAUGUGAUCCUUCCCAGCCGGACCUGAGGGAAAGCUGAAAUGCACCAAAUAGCUGCAACAACGUAAAGCAUCGAGUGUGUGUUGUUUUAGUGCGAUCGGUUUUUAGAGCGUUGAUUUAAUUUGCAUACUACAAAAGCACACGCACCUCUUCUGUGUCUGCUGUCGCUUGUUCUGAGUCGGAAAAGUUGUAAGAGUGGUCCGUCUGUGGAUCCCGUGGCACACUUCCAAUGGCGUCUUCCCACUAUGGUAGCACCAGUUCGCCGGCGGCUUCGAUGUUCAAGUCCCCGCCAACGGCCCUGCAGCUGCUGCUGGAGGAAAUCAACUUUCAGCGGACCAAGGAGAUGCGACAGCUGCUGAAAGAUGAUGGUGGCUUCGUCGUGCUGCAAGGCACCACCUACUGGACGGACCUUUUCGUGCGUCACUUUCUCUUCCAAACGGAGAAACAGCACAGCAUCGAUUGCGACGAUUUGCUCUUCUUCGUUCGCAAGAAACACGUCAAAGGGUCUUCCCGGGUGAUGCCAAAGUACGAAACGGAAAUCGAAGUCUUUCGAAAGGAUUCCCGCAAGCUGCCGAUCGGCGAUCCGGAUGUGGAUUGGGAGGAGACGGUCUACUUGAACUUGGUGAUCCAUCAGUUUGACUACACGCUGACGUUGGCCAUUUGUACGAGGACUUCACCGAAGGAGCUGCAGGUGCUUCGACGGCACUCGCAGAAGGUCUACGCUUCGCCUAGUCGAAGGAAGAUGGACACCAAGGGGGAAAGCGAGGAAAUUACCUAUCCGCACAUUUGCUUCAUGGUGGACAAUUUCGACGAGGUUUUCCACGAUAUUCUCGUUCGGGACGGGGAGAUGGUUUGCGUGGAGCUGGUGGCUACCGAUAGGGACGGUAGCGUUCAAGGUGUGAUAUUUCUCGGAUCGAUUCGGUACGAUGCACUGAAGAAGGUCUACGAUGCCAGGCAAUCUAGUCUUAGUUCUAAGGUGGCACAACGCAUGUCUUUCGGUUUGUUCAGCUCCGGGGGACCACAGACUCGGUGCGAGUUCGUGAGGAUGAAAGGACCUCAGGGUAAGGGUCACGCCGAAAUGGCUGUAACCAAACCGAAAGGCUCCGGGGUAGAAACUCCAACCAGCGAACCCGGGUUCUGCGCCACGGACAUGUGGGACUCAGAGUGGGAGGAAGACUGCGACGAAUACUACAACUACCGGCACCAGCGACGGCUGAGCGAUCCCAGUGCGAAUCUGAACAACUUUAGCCGAUACGGAUGGCGUGCGAAGAAUGCAAAUGAUUCAUCCUAUGGCGGUACGAAAGCGCGCUCGGAGAACGAAGGACUGGAUUGCUUGGCCAACGAGGUGUCGGAAAUCGAAGCGGGUGAUUUGAGAGAUGAUCGUCCUGCUUCCUCGGUGUCCGAUUCGAAACUGGCCCCGGCCGGUCACGGGACGCUAGGUAAGGCGGCAAAACAAGGGGCCCCACGGCGAACCAGCAGUGGCAGUGGGUCUGCAGCGGGGUGUUGCAUCUGCUUCGGCCCUCGGAAGCGCUGGAGUGACACGGCUUCCGCUCAAAUGUCCGACGUGUACUAUGUGCACUGUCCCAAGUGCGAAGAAGAAGCACUGGAGCUGAACGAUUCACCGGCUUGCUUGAGUACGGUUUCCAAGGGAAGAUCAGCGGCAAAGCAUCCGAGUUUGCUGAUUGUAGAAAGUGAGAUCGAGUAUGGAAAUGGGAAGAAGAAAACGCUCAAUCGGAGUGGAAGUUGUAGCUCCGAGCGGAAGAGUCCGAAGAAAGGGCCGUCACCGGGUGUGCACAAGAAGAGCGUGAACAAUAACAAGAGUGAGAAACGGCAGGAUUCCGAAGAGGUGGAAAUAGCCGAUGAUGCCGUUUCGUUGAACGGGGAUUUAAGUGACGAUGUGGUGAAGAUGGGAGUCAUGAAUGACUUCGAUGCGAAUCAAAUGAUUCGAGUUAAUGGGAAGGAGGAAUUCCCGGUGGAAGAAACAAUUGGUGCGAAGAACAAAGCAAUAAGUCAGCAGAAGUCCUCGAGUAAAGGUGGUAAAACUGUGGUGAGAGAAAGCAUCAAAGAGUACUACGAGAAGAAAUCCUCUAAAACGUCUACGGCUUCCACAACCAACGCCACCAAUAAUACUGGCAGUAGUAAAUUUUCACUCAUCUAUCGUAAGGGUAGCAAUAAGUUGUCGUUAAAGAAUAAGUAUCCCUCAGUGGAUAGCAGUACUGAAAAUGCUAACAAUAAGCCUAACCGUAUAAAUAGUACCAGCAGUAGUGCUGACAACAGUACCAAACCCAAGGAAGAUGUCAACGGUAAUACGGGAGUGAAGAGUGAUCCCGAACGAACGACUGACAGACAAAAUUCGUCACCGGAGCAGGAACGGAGAGAAAGUGCCAACAUAACGGAAGCUCUGCGGAUUCUGCGAGCCAAGAAGAUGUGCUCAACGUUGCCCAAGGUUAAGAAACCAAGCUACAACAGCUUCUACAUGAGGCCUCACACACUGAUUGGGGGACGGUUGGUCGAACAUGUGCCUAAGCGACGGACCCCUGAUGGGACCGACAUCUACUAUUGGUGCGACUACCAUCCAAAGCGAGGAAAAGAGCUCGAUGAUGGCGCCUACAACCCGCUCUGGACAACGAAGGGCUUCACCCAGACGUUCCAUUUCUGGAAGGAGAACCGUCGCCAACAGUCGACGCCGCUUAAUGCAUUCCUAACUUACGUUACGCUCCCUUGGUGGAGCAUAGCAAAAGACCUCCUGGAUCAUCGCGAGCAACCGAUUCUAACGUUCUAAAAUCGAAGGUGAAAUAUUCCUACUCACACAUGCAACGGAACAUCACUUCUAGUACUAUUACUACCACUGCUACUACACGCUACUGUACUAGUAAUAACAUUUUUUUCUAUUUAGCAGUAAAUCAAACAUAUGAGAUCUGAAACAAAUCCACCAUUAAGCUUAGUCGUUUGGUGUAAAAACUAAACUAAACAAAAUUGGACGACAGUCUGUUCCGUAGGUAGGAUUACCAAAUUUGAAGCACACUCUGGAUGCAAAACGAAAAAAACUAGUCAUUUUUAAGGAAUUGCAAUCGGCCGCUAUGUAACGUUAAGUUCCAACUCAAAAGCUUGCAAAGUGUUGCCACUCCGCAAGCACAGUUCUCUCUCUCAUAAACGCUUCUAGGUUUCCACAUUUUACGUUCCGUAUAAAAUAUUCUUAUGAAUUAUCGUUAUACAAAACAAAACAAAAAUACUAAAAACCCGUACGCCGUAUGGCCGCCCUCAGAGGACGAUAACUUAAUAAACA